CGCUGCCGAGGUAGUUCCGCUCACCUCGGUCACGUGACCCGUGUGUCCUUGGUUUGGCUAGCUUUGACAUGUGAGCAACAGAAACAUGUCUUUCCCUAAAAAACCUGGUGGUAAAGCUAUAGAUGUUCUACAGACUCUGCCGCGGAUCACUUUAGCAAACUUGCGGCCCGAACCUGGAUCCAAACAGGAGGACAGACGGCGGGGAAGAGGACAACAUGGUGGCAACAGAAGCGGCCGAGGGCACAAGGGAGAGCGGCAGAGAGGCACUCGGCCUCGGCUGGGUUUUGAAGGAGGUCAGACUCCUUUCUAUCUGUCCAUCCCAAAAUAUGGCUACAAUGAAGGACACAGUCGCCGUCCUCAGUACCAGCCUCUGUCACUGAAGCGUCUUCAGUACCUGAUUGAUCUGGGACGAGUUGACACGACCAACCCCAUAGACCUGACCCAGCUGGUCAAUGCCAGAGGAGUGACGAUCCAGCCUUUGAAGAGAGAUUACGGAGUCCAGCUCGUUGACGAGGGUGCUGAUAUUUUUGCUGCAAAGAUCAACAUAGAGGUUCAGAGAGCUACUGAAGGAGCCAUAGCCGCUAUUGAGAGGAACGGAGGAGUCAUCACUACCAGUUUCUAUGAUCCUAUAAGUCUCGAUAUUCUCAUCAAGCCUGUCCCGUUCUUCUUGCGUGGGCAGCCUAUCCCGAAGCGAAUGUUACCCGGGGAGGAUAUGGUCCGCUUUUACACAGAUGCCGAAAGCCGGGGUUACUUGGCCGACCCGGAGAAAAUCCAGCAGGCCCGGCUCGCCCUGGCGCAGAAGUACGGAUAUAUUUUGCCAGACAUUUCAAAGGACGAACUGUGUCACAUGCUCUCCAUGAGGAAGGAUGUUCGACAGAUCUUCUUUGGCCUCUCUCCAGGCUGGGUCGUUAACAUGGCGGAGAAGAAGAUUCUGAAACCCACUGAUGAGAAAGUUCUGAAAUAUUACAGCUCGUAAAUAAAUGCUUGUAUACAGUAUCUCACGUCUAAAGUACCUCAGAGCAUUUAAAAAGUCUUGAACAUGUUUCCAUUUUCUAUUAAAAAUGUGAAAAAGCAGCA